AAAUAAGAACAAAUCCAUAAUUAAGCAAAACAUUUUGCCUUUAUGAGCCUUUGACCCCAUUGUUGUCACAUCUACUUACCUCUCCUGUCUGAAAAAAACAGAGGACCUUUCCUCUGUUUCUUACUUUGUCAUCUCUGCUCUAUCAAGUUCAACUCUUAUAGAACCAUGUAAGAAUGACAUGGAAGUGGUUGGAACGGCGUCGGUUGGAACCAGGUCAAGCGUUGGUCUACGUCUUGGACAGGUUCUGUUUUCUUCUGCUUCACUUCUUUUCAUGUGCUUCAACGAUGAUGACGACUUCUACGCUUACACUGCCUUCUGCAGUUACUUAGUUACAGUGAUGGGUUUAGUAACACCAUGGAGCGUGACGUUAGCCCUAAUUGAAGCUUACUCCAUCAUCGUUCAAAGAUUUCCUCUGCAAGCAACAGUUUUAUCUGUCAUCGUCUCUGGAGACUUUUAUAUUGCAAUUAUCAGUGGAAUGUCGAUCACUUGCUUUGCUUUAAUCAAGAUGGAGAAAUCACUAGAUUACAUCAACUUGUACAUCGAUGUUGUCGUUGUUGGUUUUGUCGUUUUUAUCGCUAGGAGGAGCAUGCUCAACGGCGAGCGUGACCGUAAUUUUGAUCGGCGCUGGAGAGAAGCAUUGUGA